AUGGAUAUUUUUAACAUCAUCAAUUCGCAACAAAGUUCAGCUGACGACAGGCAGCCUGAAGCUCACAUUAUUGUCCCAUCGGAAGGGAUUUGUGUCAAACUGAAAACGACCAAACAAGAGAAGGUUUUCGUAAACAUAUGUCAUUCAGAAAAGGUACCAGUUCCCCGAGAUAUCACGGAUGACGAACUGCGAUCUCUUCUUGAGGAUGUAGAGAAUUCACCCCCUUUCAAGAUUCCCAUGAGUAUUGGUGAACCUCAUGCCGAGCUGGAUGCUGCCGGAAAUGGUUGCACUGCAUAUGAUGUCAUUGUUCACCCGAAUUUGCUCAAGAAGGUUCAGUCUUCGGAGUUGUUCGAAGCAUUUUUGAUGACUGUGAUUUUCGAAGGGUUGGAGAACAAAUACAACCUUCAGUUAGAACGGACGUGGGUUGUGCUAAAAAAUAAGCGUGCAAUGGGGAGACUUCAAGAACAAUAUGUACGAGCUGCUCCUCGCCCUGCUAUUGUAGAGAUGGGAGAUACUUCUAGGUCGAACGUCAACCAGAGACUGAUCCAGGAAGUUACGGAGCCCCAAGUAUAUCGAGAUAAGCAAGUGGGCGAUGUUCCUCCGUACGAGUUGCUUGCCGUCCCCGAAGAAGGCAAUCCGGAGUACUUAGUCGCCCGAAUCACGCUGCCUAAGCUGCGAUCUAGCCGUGGUUUACUUCUGGACGUUGCGUCAGACAUGCUCUGCCUCUCCACUCGCAGCCAGGUGUAUGCAAUGGAAGUGGUCCUUUCUCCACACGUCGAUGAAGAAUCCACUGUCGCUGAAUUCAAUCGAGAUACGAAGAUUCUCACAGUAACGAUGCCCGUGCGAACAGCUGAGGUCUGUUGAGCCACAAGAACCAGUUGUCUGCGUGGAUGACCGACCACUCCUUUCACGAAGAGCGCGUGAAACAUAAGGUGCUAAUCGCAGAAUUCCGUUUCUAUGCCCAUACAUGAACGCAAGAAAAAACUUACCGAAUCUGUUGUCGGAUAUUGUUCUGAAGCUGGGUCUAAUGAAGUUUAAA